GGUCAGCUGGUGCAGCGUCAGGCGGAGGGAUGGGCUGGCUCGGCUCGACCCAGCGGGGCUUGUUUACUAUGGCUGAUGAUCUGGAGCAGCAGCCUCAAGGCUGGCUGAGCAGCUGGCUGCCCACUUGGCGCCCCACUUCCAUGUCUCAGCUGAAGAAUGUGGAAGCCAGGAUCCUCCAGUGUCUCCAGAACAAGUUCCUGGCCCGAUAUGUGUCCCUCCCAAACCAGAACAAGAUCUGGACGGUGACUGUGAGCCCCGAGCAGAAGGACCGCACCCCGCUGGUGAUGGUGCAUGGCUUUGGGGGCGGCGUGGGCCUCUGGAUCCUCAACAUGGAUUCGCUGAGUGCCCGGCGCACUCUGCACACCUUCGAUCUACUUGGCUUUGGGAGAAGCUCGAGGCCAACAUUCCCCAGGGACCCAGAGGGGGCCGAAGAUGAAUUUGUGACCUCAAUAGAGACGUGGCGGGAGACCAUGGGGAUCCCCAGCAUGAUCCUCCUGGGGCACAGUUUGGGAGGGUUCCUGGCCACCUCCUACUCGAUCAAAUAUCCUGAAAGAGUUAAACACCUCAUCCUGGUGGACCCGUGGGGCUUUCCCCUUCGACCAACUGACCCCAGUGAGAUCCGCACACCUCCAACCUGGGUCAAGGCCGUGGCCUCUGUUCUGGGGCGUUCCAAUCCACUGGCUGUCCUUCGAGUAGCUGGGCCCUGGGGGCCUGGCCUGGUACAGCGAUUCCGGCCUGACUUCAAGCGCAAGUUUGCAGACUUCUUUGAAGAUGACACCAUAUCGGAGUAUAUCUACCACUGCAAUGCGCAGAACCCCAGUGGUGAGACGGCCUUCAAAGCCAUGAUGGAGUCCUUUGGCUGGGCCCGGCGCCCCAUGCUUGAACGAAUUCACUUGAUUCGAAAAGACGUGCCCAUCACCAUGAUCUAUGGGGCCAACACCUGGAUAGAUACUAGCACAGGGAAAAAGGUGAAGAUGCAGCGGCCAGAUUCCUAUGUCCGAGACAUGGAGAUCGAGGGUGCGUCGCACCACGUCUACGCCGACCAGCCACACAUUUUCAAUGCCGUGGUGGAAGAGAUAUGUGACUCGGUGGACUGAGCUGCUCUCUCCAGAGGAAGAGGAGAGAGCCAGAGAGUCACUGUAGCCUCCCUGUCUGCUUACUCACCCCCUCUGUCCUUUCCUCUCCAACUAACACAUGCCAGCCAGGCAGAGUCUUGGGCUGACCCCAGGACAGGACCACAGUGAAAAAGAGCACUCCGGACCCAUGCCAGGGCUGGAGGCAGAAGCCACAAGAGGCCUUGCACUCCCUACCCAGGGAAGAACAUAAAGGGUUGCCCAGUGCUACCCCAUUCUCUCCAUGCCACGUGUUACCCAGGUGGUGGUUGUGAAGGGGGGACUGCACCGAGCCACAUUCCCUCGCUGCCGUAGCCUUUCCCUCUUCCCAGCAGCCUUGCUAGCUCUGGAGUGUUCAUGGGGGUAGGUUCCAUGCGAAAACAGCAUCUUCCUCAAUCACCCCUCACCCUCAUCCCAUGCCAGGUCCAUCCAGGGUCUGGCUGGGACCAGUUCCAACUUAACUACCAAGAGCACCCUUCACCUGCUGAAUCCCUUCUGUGAGACAGGAGGUCAUAUACAAAGUCCUCAUUGACAGAUGAGGACAGGUGUCCUGUCCUGGCCAUGGCUGGCCCAUGAUGGCACAGCUCUGUGUGAGACUCCAAUUCCAGUAGAGCUGAGACUUGAACCCAGGUCUGCGGACAUUCAGUGCUUAUGCAGACUUGAUUUUUGCUGAGUUUCAACACAGACACCAUUGCCAUGAGGCUGGUCACAGUCCCCGGCCAAGGACAGGCCCAUCCCUGCCCAGUGUUCCAGGCCCAUCAUGUAGGGGUGCUGUUCUCCUGCCCUGUGUCUCAGCCCUAGCUACCCAAACUGGGGACACUCAACUACUUCCUUCCUUGUCCCCUCUUCCUCCCAACCGGGAGGCCUCUGAGCCUCCCUCUGUGCCUUGGGCCCUGAAGCCCCUCAUGUAGUGGCUCCUGGCAGGUGGGGAGGGGAAAGGCCCUUCAACCCUAGAGCCAUCUCUGGAUUCUCCAUACCCACUGGUAUCUGCAGCAUUUUUCUGUCUGCCCUCAGGACUGAGGCCCACUGUGAGCCCUGCCCGUGGUCCAGUGGGGAGCCUCAAGCCAACAGUUUCCUGUCCUCAUCAGCCACAGGAUAGUUCUCACUGCCUGACUCCCUACUUCUGCCAUCUGUCCCUAUGGUCUCCAGCUCAUCCCACCUCCAAAGUACCUGUCAACCCCCUUGCAGGGCUCAUUCCAGGUGCUGCUCUGAGGUUCUGGGCAGUAGGCUGGGCCUGGCCCCAGAUCCAGGACAGCUCCUGCCUGCCCCUUCACUUUUGUAAAGCCAACCCAUCACCAGAAUAGUAUUAACCCCUGGUGCUUUGUGCCACCGGUCCAGCUGCCUAGGGCUCCUUUUCUAUAUUAAUAAAGAAAUGAGUAAAU